AUGGAUUCUAUUCGUGAAGUUUGGCACUCCGUAAUCUUUGGGUGGAGUGAACCUACAAUCACCAUUGAUGGGAGUGAUAUUCCUAAACCCCUGGAUAAAUGGGACACAAUCGAUUACCAGAAUUCGAGUUGGAACAGCAAAGCUCUCAACUCCCUCUUCUGCUCUGUCACACCUGAAGAAUUCCGUCGAAUUUGCACGUGUGAAAUAGCAAAAGAGGCGUGGGAUAUUCUUGAAACGAUUCACGAAGGUACCACCUCGUUAAAAGGGCAAAACUUCAACGUCUCACGUCCCGCUUUGAAACCUUUUUUAUGCGACGCGUAUGAGACGUUCGAUGAAUUUUAUGCAAAACUCAGUGAUAUCGUGAAUUCCUGUUUCACUCUCGGUGAGAAAAUCCCGGAAGCAAAGUUGUUGGAAAAAUUUUGA